AAUCAUUGAUUAUUUAAAUUAUUUUUUUUUUGUUCAAGUGUUCUAUUUAUUUACUUCCAAAUAAAUUUGAGAAAAAUGAGUGAUCGCUACUGCAGAACUGAUACAGGAGCUAUGCUUUCGCCCGAUGGAGAAGAGGGUAAAAUAGUACCUUUUGCUCCAAGCAGAGAAGGCAAAGAUGUUCCUCGUGGUUCUUUUAGUGAUAAAAAAAGUCGAGCAAUUGGUGUUUUCACAAGUGGAGGCGAUUCCCAAGGUAUGAAUGCUGCUGUUCGAGCUGUUGUACGUAUGGGAAUGUAUAUGGGUGCCAAAGUGUUUUUCAUCAAAGAAGGCUAUCAAGGAAUGGUAGAUGGCGAUGAUUAUAUUGUUGAAGCAACAUGGGUUAGUGUGUCUGGCAUCAUUCAUAAGGGUGGCACUGUGAUUGGCAGUGCUAGGUGCAAAGACUUCACAACGAGAGAAGGCAGAUUAAAAGCAGCAGCAAAUUUAGUUAAGCAUAGCAUUACGGAUUUGGUUGUAAUUGGUGGUGAUGGUAGUUUAACUGGUGCCAAUAUAUUUCGUCAAGAAUGGUCAUCUUUGUUGGAUGAAUUAGUUGAAAAAGAUGUCAUUACACGUAUUACAAGAGCUGAAUGUGGACAUUUGAACAUUGUUGGAAUGGUUGGAUCUAUUGAUAAUGAUUUCUGUGGUACUGACAUGACAAUUGGCACUGACUCAGCUCUGCAUCGCAUUAUUGAAUCAAUUGAUGCUAUUGUUACUACAGCUUCUAGUCAUCAAAGAACCUUUAUAUUAGAAGUAAUGGGACGACAUUGUGGCUAUUUAGCUCUAGUUGGGGCUUUGGCAAGCGAGGCUGACUUCGUUUUUAUCCCUGAAUGGCCUCCUGAAAGAGACUGGCCGCAGAUAUUAUGUAGAAAAUUACAACAGGAACGAGACAAUGGUCAAAGAUUAAAUAUCAUACUUGUUGCUGAAGGUGCACAAGAUAAAGAUGGCAAUUCAAUCUCUGCUGAACAAGUUAAAAAGGUAAUAGAAGAUAAAUUACAACAAGAUACUCGUAUAACAGUCCUUGGGCAUGUUCAGAGAGGGGGAAGUCCUUCAGCAUUUGAUCGAAUUUUAGGUUGUCGAAUGGGUGCAGAAGCUGUUCAUGCUUUGCUUGAGGCAACUGCUGAUUCUGAAGCUUGUGUAGUAUCUUUAGAUGGAAAUCAAGCUGUAAGAGUUCCAUUAAUGCAGUGUGUUGAGAAGACCAAAGCAGUUGGUUCUGAAAUGCAAAGUAAACACUGGGAAAUGGCUGUGAAACUUCGAGGAAGGAGCUUUGAACGAAAUUUGCAAACAUAUAAGAUGUUAACUAGGCUAAGACCACCUAAAUCUGUAUUUAGUAUGUAUGAUGGAAAGGGUGGCUAUACGUUAGCAGUUAUCCAUAUUGGGGCUCCAUGUUGUGGAAUGAAUGCAGCUGUUCGUUCAUUUGUAAGAAACUGCUUAUUUCGUGGCGAUACAGUUUAUGGUAUUCAUGAUGGAAUUGAGGGACUUGUUCAGGGAAACAUACAAGCAAUGCAAUGGAGUGAUGUGACUGGCUGGGUAGGACAAGGUGGUGCCUUUUUAGGAACAAAGCGUACUUUGCCUGAGCAGUACAUGGAUCAAGUUGUUGAACAACUGAAGAAAUUCCAUAUACAAGCACUUUUGGUUAUUGGUGGAUUUGAGGCAUUUCAUUCUGUGCUACAGUUAGCAGAUGCAAGGAAGCAGUUUCCAGAAUUAAGAAUUCCAAUGUGUGUGAUUCCAGCAACAAUUAGCAAUAAUGUUCCAGGCACUGAUUUUUCCUUAGGAGCUGACACUGCAAUUAAUGAAAUAACUGAGAUCUGUGAUCGUAUCCGACAAUCUGCCCAAGGUACAAAGCGGCGUGUAUUUGUUGUUGAAACAAUGGGUGGCUAUUGUGGAUACCUAGCUACACUUGCUGGUUUGGCUGGGGGUGCUGAUGCAGCUUAUAUAUUUGAAGAACCAUUUUCUUCGAAAGAUUUGAUGGGUGACGUGUUCCAUAUGCAGUCAAAAAUGGCAGAAGGUGUUCAACGUGGACUAGUGCUAAGAAAUGAAAAAGCUAAUGAAAAUUAUUCUACAGAUUUUAUCUAUCGUUUAUAUUCCGAAGAAGGCAAAGAAAUAUUUUCAACAAGAAUGAAUGUCCUAGGGCAUAUGCAGCAGGGUGGAAGUCCUUCUCCAUUUGAUCGAAAUUUCGGAACAAAAAUGGCAGCCAAAGCUACUGAUUGGUUAAUAACUCAGUUGAAGCAACAUAAACUUCCUGAUGGCACUCUUUCAUGUACUGGUCCAGAAACUGCUGUUCUAAUGGGGCUUGUGAGACGUCAAUAUUUAUUUACACCUGUCCAAACUUUAAAAGCUGAAACUGAUUUCAAGCAUAGAAUACCUAAACAUCAAUGGUGGCUGAAAUUACGUCCUCUACUAAGAAUUCUUGCAAAACAUGAUUCAUCAUAUGAGACUGAAAGUAUUCACUGUGCAAGCAUGCCUGAAGAAGAUUAACUGGGUUUUGUGAACAAUAGAAACAAAUAGUGCUAGUAUAUGAAAUAGCAACGGGUAAAUUAUUGUUGUUUCAUUUAUACAGUAGACUCUCAUUUUACGUGGGUUUAUUUUACAUGAAUUUGACUAUAGGCAGCUUAAGAUUUGACAUUUUUAUUUUGUUUUAAGCAAAUGAGUUUUGGUUUUGCAUGGAAGUGGUAUUGCAAACAAAGA